AAUGCACGGUGCAGAUUAGUCGCCAAUUUUCUGGCGGGCCCAAGUUCGAGUGACCUUUCUUGUUGGGGGGAAGGAAGUUCCAGAAGCCAGAGAAAAUGGAAACUUUCUUAAUUUCUUCUUCUUCAUCAUCAUCAGUGCUUCAUUCUCCAGCCCGAGAGACUCCAUUGAUUUUUCCUCUUUUGAGCAAAGGCAAAGCAAGGUUUGCACCUAUUACUGUCAGGGUCUCAAGUCAAUCUUCCAAAUCCAACAAGAUGCAUUCUGAAUUGACUGAGAGUGAAGCGGGGAAAUCCCUUUCAAGCAAAGAUAGUUCUUCCAAUAGGAAAAUGGAGGAAUAUAACAUAGCCAUGAAGAGGAUGAUGAGGAAUCCCUAUGAGUAUCACCAUGAUCUAGGUAUGAACUAUACAUUGAUAACUGAAAAUCUCAUUGUUGGUUCUCAACCUCAGAAAGUUGAAGACAUAGACCACUUGAGGGAGGAACAGAAUGUGGCAUAUAUCCUAAACUUGCAGCAGGACAGGGAUAUUGAGUACUGGGGAGUAGAUCUUCCCUCCAUAGUACAAAGAUGUGAAGAACUUGGAAUUAGUCACAUGAGAUGCCCAGCCAAAGAUUUUGAUCCAGAUUCCUUAAGGAACAUAUUGCCUAAGGCUGUUUCGUUAUUGGAAUGCGCCAUUUCUGAAGAGACAGGAAGAGUUUAUGUGCAUUGCACAGCUGGAUUGGGGCGGGCUCCUGCUGUUGCAAUUGCAUACAUGUUCUGGUUUUGUGACAUGGAUCUAAAUAGAGCAUACCAGACUCUCACUUCAAAGAGGCCAUGUGGGCCUAACAAAAGAGCGAUACGUGGGGCCACGUAUGAUUUGGCUAAAAAGGACUCUUGGAAAGAACCCUUUGAGAAUCUUCCUGACCACGCCUUUGAGGGUGUAGCAGACUGGGAAAGGACGUUGAUUCAAGACUGUGUUCGUGCUCUCCGAUAUUCUUGAGGAAAAUAUAUAUUUAAAGGUGAUUGUUCAGCUUAUAGCUCAUUUACUUAGAAUGUCAUUUUGUACAUGGGUACUUUCAAAGUAACUGAUGUUUCAUCCUCUUAAAAUUGUACUGGAUUUUGUAUCUAUGUUUCUUUCGAUUUAUUGCUACUUUGAUAUUGAAUCAUUGUUAAUUUGUUAUUGUGUACCCUUCAGUUUCUUCA